GCCUGGGUUGUCUGUUUACUUAAUAUAUUGGUUAUUGUUAGGAUACUGAUUCACUGGAAACAGGUGAGUCUUGAAACCAUGGACGAAGUAAAAGCAAUGAGGGUUUUGGAUGAAUUAUCCCAUGUAAAUAUUGAUAAUCCGGAUCUAACAAGUUUGCUGGAGAGCGAGGUCUUGUUUGAUCGCUCAUUUUAUUUGCUUCCGGAUGGUCCGGCACGACGUCGUUACUUUUCUGUUGUUGAAUGCUUUCUUAUUAAUUUGUGGCAGAAGGGCUAUUUUGGCAACAAACAUUUGGUUGGGGAAACACAUUACAUUAUUUCCGUGUUUGGUAUUUUGAAAGAUGUGGUCCUGAAAAUUUGCUUCAGUUCAGAGACCGUAUGGUUUGGUGGUGAGCAAUCAGGCCUUGAAACAAAUCCAUUGAAUAAUGCAAUCGCAUUUCUCAGUUGCUGUUGGCAUGCAGCCGCGCUUGCUGUCAAUAUCUGCAGUGCUAGUGAAAUUGAGGACUUAUUAAAAGCUUCAACUCGUAUGAUCCCAAAACACAGUUGCUUGUCAGCAGCCUUACUGACACAGGAUGAAAGAUGUCUUUCUGUUGCUGUUGCAUUACUGCGCAUGGAAGCUGCUAAAAUCGACACGCCACCUCAACUCAAAGCCAUGUGGUUGUUCCGACACACUUUAUUUUCGAUAGCCUAUGACCAUAAAGUAGUUCUGGAUUGGCUUCAUUCGGAAUUAGCUGCAGUGCCAUUCGUAUUACGUUUUCUCAAAGUGCUGAUCAAACAACAGAGAGAUGUCGAUGGGCAACAGUGCUGUAGUUUCUCAUGUUCGCAAUGUGAUGAAAGGAACAAAAAAACUCGGUUUGUUCGGAGUAAAAUGGUUUCUCCUGGUAAUGAUCUAACUCUCCGCAUCCGGCAGCUGCAUGGAGAUUUACCUGUUACUAUCUCCUACAUAUUCUCAAAGACUGAAAGGGACGUAUGUCUGAUAGUGCCUAAACCUAAUGAAGAAGAAUCAGGCGACCAGCAAAUUGUGAAAUGUUUCGAAAACUUACGAACUUCCUUCAUACGUUUGCAAAAUUCGGGUGAUGCCCCAUUUAAUGUGAUGCCCAUAAUUAAGAUUGUUGAGGAGCUGCAAAAAGCAGUAGUGAGUGGUACUGUCCCAAGACACAAGUGCAGUCAUGGUGAUCACGAAGGGACUAAUAUGACUUAA